GGGGGGAACAACCCCGGGCCCCCACCCGGGGCAACCCGGGGCCCGGGGCAGGAAGGGACCCGACCCGGAAAAAAAAAAGGAAAGGGGAAAGGGGGCAGGGGAAAAAGGGGAAAGGGAAGGGCCAGGACAGAAAAACCCGGGACCCGGGGGCCGGGGCCCCCACAGGGGAAAAACCCGGGGGCCAGGACCAGGGGCAGGACCCGGGACCCGGGGCCCGGGGCAGGGAAAACCCGGGGAAAGGGGGCCCGGACAGGGGCGGGGCCCGGAAAAAGGGGCAGACAGGACAGGAGGGGCCCGGACCCGGGGCCCGGAAGGAAGGACAGGGGCCAAAGGGGCAGGGGCCGGAAAAACCCGGGGCCCGGACCAAAAAAGGACCCAGACCCGGACCGGGGCAGGGGCAGGAAGGACCCGGGAAAAAGGCCCGGACAGGACCCGGGGAAGGGGCCCGGACAGGGGGAAAGGAAGGGGGGGGCAGGGGGAAGGGGGGGACCCGGGGCAGGGGGCCCGGAACCCGACCCGGGGCCAGGACAGGGGCCCGGACCCGGGGCCGAAACCCCCCCAGGGGACAGGCCCGGACAGGGCCCCGGACAGGACCCCGGACCCCAAAGGGGGAAAAAACAGGGGGAAAGGGCGGGGGCCCGGAAAAGGGCAGGGACAGGGCAGGGGGGAAGGGCAGGACAGGGGGGACAGGGAAAAAACCCGGAAAAAGGGGGCCCGGGGCAGGGGCCCGGGGGCAGGGGCGGGGGCAGGACAGGGGCGGGGCGGGGGAAGGGCAGGGGCGGACGACCCGGGGAAGGGGCAGGGGAAAACCCGGGAAAAGGACAGAAACCGGGGAAGGGGAGGACCAGGACCCGGAAGGAAAGGAAAGGACCCGGGGCAGAAAGGAAGGGACAGGGGCAAACCCGGCCCCGGGAAGGGAAAAAAGGGGAAAGGGGGCCGGGGCGGGGGAAAACCCGGACAGAAGGACCCCGGGGCCCGACGGAAGGACAGACCCGGACAGGGGCCCAACCCGGGGGGGGCCCGGGGGAAGGGAAAAGGGCAGGACAGGAAGGGGGCCCGGGAAGGGGCAGGACAGGGGGGGACGGAAAGGACAGGAAGGGGCCGGGGGCAGGACCCGGGACCGGGGCCCGGGACAGGACAGGCAGGGGCCAGACAGGGACCCGGGGCAGGGGAAAAAACAGGGGCAGGGGCCCGGAAGACAGGGGGCAGACCCCGGGGCAGGGGCAGGGCAGGGGCAGAGACAAGGAAGGGCCCGGGGCCCGGACGAAAGGACCCGGACAGGACCCAAAAGGAACGGACCCCGGGGAAGGGGGAGGAAAAAAGGGGCCCGGACAGGAAACCCCGGAAAACAAGGAAAGGAAGGGGCCCCCCAGGGGCCGGAAAAAGGGACCAGGACCCAAAAAGGGGCAGGGGACAGGACAGGGGCCAGGGAAAGGGGCAGGGGCCCGGACAGGGGCAGGGGCCCGGACAGGGAAGGGCCCAACCCGGGGCCGGGGCCCGGAAAAGGGCCCGGGGGGGAAAAAAAAACAGGGACCGGGAAGGACGGAAAGGGCGGGGGAGGGCCCGGGGCAGGGGCAGGGGCAGGGGCAGGGAAAACCCGGGAAAAAACCCGGACCCGGGAAGGGGGACCCGGGGCGGACAGGAAGGACGGGGGGGGGGGGGGGGGGGGGGGGGGGGGGGGGGGGGGGGGGGGGGGGGGGGGGGGGGGGGGGGGGGGGGGGGGGGGGGGGGGGGGGGGGGGGGGGGGGGGGGGGGGGGGGGGGGGGGGGGGGGGGGGGGGGGGGGGGGGGGGGGGGGGGGGGGGGGGGGGGGGGGGGGGGGGGGGGGGGGGGGGGGGGGGGGGGGGGGGGGGGGGGGGGGGGGGGGGGGGGGGGGGGGGGGGGGGGGGGGGGGGGGGGGGGGGGGGGGGGGGGGGGGGGGGGGGGGGGGGGGGGGGGGGGGGGGGGGGGGGGGGGGGGGGGGGGGGGGGGGGGGGGGGGGGGGGGGGGGGGGGGGGGGGGGGGGGGGG